AUGUCUCCUGUCCUGCCACUCGUCCCAGCAUCCGAUCCGCCGGAGAAUUGUCUGCCAGCAGAGACCGACUGGCUCAAGAUCCGUCGCAAGGGAGACCCUUCAACCCUGAAGGAUCUCCUGGGCCGACUAAACAUCGCCUCCUUUGACGCCGCCAAGUACAUCGAUACGCAUUCCAGCAACAUCUCCAAUAUCCCUAAUGUCGCCAUCGCCGUCUCUGGCGGUGGUUACCGUGCCAUGACCAACGGCGCCGGUGCCCUCAAGGCCUUCGACAGUCGCACCGACAAUUCCACCGCCAAGGGCCAGCUGGGCGGCCUGCUGCAGUCGGCUACCUACGUCUCCGGCCUCAGCGGUGGCAGUUGGCUACUGGGUUCCAUCGUGGUUAACAACUUCACCACCGUCGGCGCCCUGCAGGCGGACGAGAAGGUCUGGAAUUUGGAUAAGAGCAUUUUCGAGGGUCCCAACUACAAGGGCGUGCAGAUCCUCAGCACCGCCAGCUACUGGAAACAUCUCAUCAAAGCGGUGGACGCUAAGGAAGAAGCCGGCUACAACACCUCCAUCACUGACUACUGGGGUCGUGCCCUCUCCCACCAGUUCAUCAACUCCACCACCGACGACGGUGGCAUCGACUACACCUGGUCCUCCAUCGCCCUGACCGACACCUUCAAGCGCGGACAGAUGCCCCUGCCAUUGGUCGUUGCCGACGGACGUAACCCUGGCGAAAAGGUCAUCGGCACCAACUCCACCGUCUACGAGUUCAACCCCUGGGAAUUCGGCACCUGGGAUCCCUCCGUCUACGGCUUUGCGCCACUGGAAUUCCUCGGCUCUCGAUUCGAGGACGGCAAGUUAGCUGACGACGAAGGUCUCCUGCGUCUCAACAAGACCGAUGCCCCCGACUUCGUCAAGGACACCAUGUACAAACUACUCAAGAGCAUGGACAAAAACGACGAGGAUAUCGCCGUCUACUCCCCCAACCCGUUCUACCGCUACCGCAACGCCACCCACAUCUACGCCCAGCAGCGCGAUCUCGAUGUUGUCGACGGCGGCGAAGACGGUCAGAACAUCCCUCUGCAUCCAGUGAUCCAGCCCAGUCGCCAUGUCGACGUCGUUUUCGCUGUCGAUUCCUCCGCAGACACCAACAGCUGGCCCAACGGUGCCUCACUCGUCCACACCUACGAACGUAGUCUCAACUCCACCGGUAUCGGUAACGGAACCGUCUUCCCCGCUGUUCCGGACAAGAACACAUUCAUUAAUCUGGGUUUGAACAAACGUCCGACUUUCUUCGGCUGCGAUACUAAGAACCUCACCGGCCCGUCGCCCCUGAUCGUGUAUCUGCCCAACUCGCCCCACACAUACCACUCUAACGCCUCCACCUAUAAGAUGGAGUACUCCGACUCGAGCGCGACGAUAUCAUCCUGA